AGUCGAUAGUGCUCCAAGGCGAGCAAGUUUAUAUUGCCCGGUGUUUAAUUUAUCAUUCGCUGCACACAAAGUAAAUUACUGAUUCUGUCAGUUAUGUUAUAAUAUAUACAGUGUGGUCUCGACGCGGCGAAGGUCUAAACCUGUUUGCGGAUACCUAAGAGCAUACAUACAUUGUGUGUUAAAACUCGAAUAAGUGACAUGGUACGCGGAUAAUAAAAAAUGUCCUUGCUUCGGAUAUAAAGUGGUGGAUUAAGGGUGUUAAGGGUAUUAAGCACCAUUAGUGGGAUAAAAAGAACGUUGCUAAUGCCGAAGGUUUAAAUCCGCGACGUAACAGUGCGAUGACCGGCAAAAGGUUACUUUCGUCCGGCUUGAAGAUGGAUAACUUGUCAUUGGAGUUUUGUGUUAGAUGUGUGUGGUGCGUUUUUGUAUAAUCAAUUAAGAAUAUGAAGCGAAUGUGAGGGAAUUUCUCCGUUUCGAUUAGAUCGAUCGUACAUUAGCAUAAAUGUUAAUGUUCAUUUGAACACGUGUGUUUUAAUAUUGUGUACAUACAGUAUAUAGUAUUGUGCGCUUUAAGUUAACACGCAGAAAGUGAGGAGUAUAAUGUGAAUAUGUUUUGUUUACGGACUACGAGUAAUUUCAAAGCCUUAAAGACCUUCAUUUUCAAUGGAGUAUUUUAACUCAGUCUUAAAUCUAGGACAGAGAUAAUUGUGAUCACACCGUCCUCACAUGGCUUGUCAGAAGUGCAUUUUAUGCAGAAGUAGUGCAGAUAGUGUUGGCUGUAGACUAUGGCUUGUUUGGAACUAAGGGAGGUAACGCGGAUUUGAAGCAGCAGCCUCUUCAGCAAUGGAGACCGGGAAAAUUGAUAUUUGCAAACGACUGGACAGUAGCACCGGCAGCAUGGAAGGCCGGAAACGGCUGCGCGUACCGGAAGUGAACCCACACGUUAUCUGCGUCUUGUGCGGGGGUUACUACAUAGACGCGACAACGAUCAUAGAAUGUUUGCACACAUUCUGCAAGACGUGCAUUGUGGGAUACCUGGAGGCAAGCAAGCACUGUCCAGUAUGCGACAAUCUCGUGCACAAGACCAAACCACAGCUGAGACUCAGGCCGGACCACACGCUACAGGAUAUUGUGUACAAGUUGAUUCCUGGGCUGUUCCAAGAUGAAAUGAGAAAGCGUAGAGAAUUCUACAAAGAAGAAAUAGAAAACGGUCGUGUGGGUGAGCAUGGGAUACCGGAAGAACGGGAACGCAUCAUCUACUCAGCAGACGAACAGAUCAGCCUCGUUCUCGAACUCAGCUCUGACGGCACACCUCCACUGGCGGUCAGCGGCAAGUCGAGGCACCAUAAGCUGGAGGCCUCGGACCGGCGAUACCUGCUAUGUCCAGGAAAGUUCACGGUUGGACUUCUAAAGAAGUUCGUCAGAAUGAAAUUCAGCCUCUGUGAUAGAUAUCAGAUCGAUUUUUUCCACACGGACGAAACACUACGCGACCACUUCACGCUGGUGGACAUCGCCUACAUCUACUCCUGGAGACGGAAAGGGCCGUUGCGUCUCUUCUACUCGGUAUUCACCAACCCUGCCAAGCGGUUCAAAGCGGACGACGAGAUUCCUGCAGUCCUGGAAACGGAUGACGUCAUCAAUGACAUCACAAACACUUCUGAUCUCAAAACUGAAACGAGUGGGUACAUUACCGAUGAUGACAAACUGCACAGUGACCUCGAUAAAUCUGCUUCGCUAGAAUCUGACGAGAGUAAGGUGGAUUCCGUUUUAGAGGGAGACGGAUUAGACAUUGAUAAUGAAGAAUUAGAGAAAGAUAAAGACACUGAAACGAGUGUUGCGAAGGCUGGCAAGCCUGAUCAGUGUGAAAGUGAAACUGAACACGACCGAAAAAAGGUUUCGGAUAAACGUGAUCAAGAGAAAGCGAGUAUUGGGGAUCCGAUACUUGUGUCAAAGCCGGAAUCGAGUAACUUUAAAAAUGAAAGGACUUGCAGCGUAAAUGUAAACAAUACCAGUCAGCAAAAGAAUUCUAGUCAUUUGUGCCAUGAUGAUAAGCAGAAAGAUGUAGUGAAGCAUGGUUCUAAUCGUUUGAGUGUAGACAAGUGUGACACAGUAUUGGCCUCUACGGGGGUGGGACAAAGCAGUGAUUCUAAUAGCGAUUGUGCAAGGAAAGAUUCGAAAGUUAAAAAAGCUAAUGAAAAACACAGUAGUGAGACAGAAAUUGAUUGCGGUACAAACAAACACACAGUUCAUAAGUUCACUGAGAACGACCAAGAGACUCAUAAUAAGGUUGAGACUUCAACUAACACGGUGCCAUGUAGUAAUGAAUGUGCUCGUAACAACCAGUUUGACAGACGGGUGUUAGUGCAUAAAGAAAAACGUUCAAAGUCGUGCUUUACAGAUGAUGAUAUUUCAGAGCCCGUCGUUUCAUCGACCCAAAACACACAAGGUUGUCAAACAGAAUCGCACGAAAACAAUGAUAGUGAACACGAGAAAUUAGACAUUCCAGACUCGAAUAAGGAGUACUGCAAAGGUGGGCUAUCUCCAGGUCAAAGACUUACCGCUGAUGUGUCUUGUGAAACUGAUAACUUCAUAGUUGACCGACAACAGCAAAAGGACAAUGUGAAACAUGAGAAAGAAAAACAUAUCAAGGUUUCUGUGUCGACGUACACUGAAUCUGAAAGUGCAGACAAAAAAUUGAAAUUUGUUGAUUCGGCCACGGAUGUUUAUGACUUUCCUAAGUCAGACAUAGAAAAUGAAGAUUUGGUAACAUUGAGUGCUCAUCGGUUGUCGAACUUGUCAUAUGACAGUAGUAAACGAACGCAGCUUUCAGUGGACUGUUCGGUGUCCUUAGAUGACAUACAAUCUUCCAGCAGCAAGCGAAAAUAUAAUGAUUUAGAUGAAGCUAAUGCGGACUCAAAACCAAAAAUAUCAGACGUUAAAAUCCCAAAGCGAAGCAUCAGUUACUCAGGACAGUUGACACCAAAAACUGCGUAUCUAGCACAGCCUUUAUCCCCAACAAAAAUAACACUUAAAUUUGCUCCGCGUCCAAAAUCGCCCACCAAAAUACCGUGCCCUAAAUCUCCGUCUAGAUCAGAAACUACAGGGUUUCAGUCAAAGUACCAGUCGUUCGUUAUGGAUUUACCUGAAAAGACUUAUAGGUUUGAGGAUGAUGAAAAACCUAUCGAAAAAAAUUCGUGUUCAAAAUCGUUCAAAUAUUCUUCGAAAUGUGCCUCACUAUCAGAUUCUUCUGAUAACUCUUACUCACAAUCUAGCUCCUCCAAAAGGUCUUUUAAAACAAACAGACCACGCGGAAGGCCACCAAAAAGCAAACUUAAUGACGAACACGAGGAAAUUCUGGCCAAGGACAAGAAAAUAAAGUCUAGAAGCCAUUCACCAAAACAGCAGCAUUCCACUAUAGAUGGCGUCUCGCAGUUGUUUAAAACCAAAUCAGUGUCUUCAUCAGGCGAUUUGCCAAAGUGUUCAAACACAUACUCCUGGAUACACCGAUUAAGUGACACAAAAAGUGCAGCGUCGUCGCCCGAUUCAAAAGUUGUGAUAAAAUCAAAAUUGCCAAACACCAAGGAGUCGCCACCUCCAGAUUUGCGAAUUCCAAAGCAACUCCUGUGCUUCACAAAUGGACAAUACACUUUGACCACAGUCAGUAACACAUUGAGCACAAAACAAAGCAGCCCAAUGUCUCCUCCGCCUAGGACUGUGUUUACAUCGGAUUGGAAAGGCAAAAGUAAAGAAAUCAACAAAAACGCAUCAGCAAUUGACAGCAAAUGUGGUAAGGAAACAAAAACAGACAAAGUGAACAUAAUUCGGAGAGAAAACAAAACGCAAUUGAAUAAUAACGGUAAAGUCUUAAUGAAAGUAAAGGAUAUUAAAAAGGAAAAAGCGGACGAUCCGCGUGCAAAAUGCAAACGACUAAAUACUGGUUAUGAAAACAAUCAGCAAAAGAUUGCUAGCGCGAAAGUUAAGCCUAAAGUGGACAUGAAAGUUAAGAAGGAUGCUUACGAUAACAAAACUUUAAAUCAAUCCAAAUCUGCUUCCCAAAAUAACUUAACAGGCUCAAUGACAUCAUUACUGCAAACACCAACUUGUUCGCAAUCGUCACCCAUACCAUCGUGCAUUUCAACAACAAGGAGCCACCCAGCGCAAACAAUUUGUGUACCUUCAUCAAAAGCAGCAGCAACAAUUUCCAAAGGAACAAAACUGACAGCGGCCAGUUCAAAACCCAUCGACUCACCACAUCCACUGCCAGCAUCAUCUUCAUCUCUGGAGACAGAACCAUCAGCGUCAUCUUCAGCGUCAAUCUCCCGUUCGGAAUCAAAGUCCAACACAACUACUGCCCCAAUGGAAUCUACCGCUUCAACACUGCCUGAGUACCGCCACCAAAGCCCGUUCUUCACAUCGCUCAGUGGAGCUAAACUCAGUUCACAGCAGCAUCGGACGCCCACUCAUCUGAACGUGCCCAAUCUGGCCAACCAUUUUUCGGGUGCUCACAGCUUGUAUUCCUCCAGUCGUUUUCAUGAGCGUCUUGCCAUACCGAACUAUAGGUUUUCAAUGAAUCCAAAAACUGCCAGCUCAAUGGCUUCAAAGCUUGAGGAAGCUCGUGCGCUCGAAGCAAUAGGCUCACAUUAUAACUUCAUGGCGCAUUUUGCCGACCCAUAUUAUGGUUUCAUGAAUAGCCACUUGGUUUCUUUGCUUCCACCUCCGCCGCAUUUGGCUUCGUCCGUUUAUCAAAGUUCUACAAAUUCUUUAACCUUCUCAGAACAUUCAGCAAAAGGUUCUUCCUCGUCUCCCGCGCAGAAUUCUAACAGGGCCUCGCCUAAAUCCUUUCCGACGAACGGCAAAGUAAAAGAAAAGAGUCUUGACAAGGUUAUUACGGCCAUAACAGAAAUGCGAACGAAAAAGGAGACGCAAGAACAGUUAACAGGGAUGGAUCUAAGUACGAAAGGUUCAAAGAAAGACAACAAUGCAGACACCAACGGUGAUGAUGGUGAAAAGGCUGCUUUACCGACCGUUUGUACUGAUAUUAAAGACAGUGAAAGUUCAACGGACGCCAAAAUUACGCAUGUAGGAAAUGGUGAAAACUGUAAAGACUAGCAUUGGGCAUUUAUGAUACCCAUACCUGUGCGAAAACAUCGUUCUAUCUAUGAUUAUAUAUCGGUAAUGCCAGUGCAAACCAAUACCAUGAUACCAUGAUUUCGAAAGAAAUAUUUAGCUUUGUUGGGAAGGAAAUUAAUGAAAAUGGUGAUAGUUCUGGAAUCGGUGUAUCUUAGUGAUUUUGGAAAAAAAAAUGAAGAAAUAUUACCAUACUAGUAUAUUUUUCAAGCAUGUGAAACUGAUUUCAUGUGGCUUGUACAAGUAAUUAUCCCUUACCGGUAGCGUGUUUUCAUGAGAUUUGAUGCGUGUAUCGGUGUUUAAUCUAGGGGAGCUUAAAAUGUGUUCGCUGCAGCAAGAACGCUAGGCGGAUGUACAGCAGACCUGGUGCAAUCUUUUUUAACGUAUCUUUAAAUAGAAUUGACCGAAGUUGCAUAUUAUGUGAAUGACGAGUUUGUGUGAUUGAUUGAACACAUUUUAAAAAAAGAUUCAAGUAUGUGAUCUAUUAAGUAAUUUUUGUGUGGACUAUAUUCCUCAUAAAUCGCACGAAACCCGGCAAGCUGGAUGAUAUGUGUAAAGUUAUCGGUGAUUUAUGUACUUUGUUCAAAUGGUAUAAAGUAAAAAAUAUAGUGUCGCAUAAUGUCAAUUGGAUUAAAUUUCACUCAGUGUUUUGAUGUGUCUUUGGAAUAGGAUUGUUCCUUGCGUGAUGAGAUGUUUGUUCAAACGACAUUCAUUACAUAAAGAGUACGGCUUUACUGCAUUUUUCACCGAUCUAUAUGGCUUAAGAUGAAAUGCCUAGUUAUAGUUGUUGUUAGUUGUGAUAAAUUUAAUACAUUGUGCUUAUUGUAGUUAAGUGUAGUUUUUCAGAUCAGAAAAUCGCAAAUCAUGCCAAUUGUAUCAUCCCAUGCGCUUUUGUUCCAUUAUAACAUAUUAAUGUAAUGGUUAAAUAUUUAAAAAUCGAUUAUGUGUAGCUCCACUGGCCAGAGGCCAGCGGGGCUUAUGUCAUGGUCCUGUGUUCGUCGUGCUUGCGUCCGUGCGUGCAUCCGUGCGUUAACUUUUUCUUUAUUCAUCUUCUCCUAAACUACUGGUCCAAUUCUGAUGAAAUUUCUCAGGAAUGUUCCUGGGGUGAACCUCUUUCAAGUUUGUUCAAAUAAUAAUUAUGCCCCUGGGGUCAAAUUUGACCCUGCCCCGGGGGAAAAUUUGCUUUAUAUAAGGCCUAUUUUGUGAAAACUUUAAAAAUCUUAUCGUCCAUAACCAUUGGGCCUAGGGCUACCAAAUUUGGUACGUAGUGACAUCUUAUAGUCCUCUACCAAGUUUCUUCAAAUUAUGCCCCUGGUGUCAAAUUUGACCCUGCCCUGGGGGUCACAAAAUUGAACAUAUGCUUAAAUUAGGCCUAUUUUGUGCAAACUUUAAAAAUCUUGUUGUCCACAUCCGUAUGGCACAGGGCUACCAAAUUUGGUAUGUAGUGACAUCUAAUAGUCAUCUGCCAAGUUUGUUCAAAUUAAGCCCCUGGGAUCAAAUUUGACCGUUCCCCAGGGGUCACAAAAUUGAACAUAUGCUUAUAUUCGGCCUAUUUUGUGCAAACUUUAAAAAUCUUUCUGUCCAUAACCAUUGGGCCUAUUUCUACCGAAUUCGGUAUGUAGUGACAUCUAAUAGUUCUCUACUUAGUUUGUUCAAAUUAUGCCCCUGGGGACAAAUUUGACCCUGCCCCGGGGGUCAUAAAAAAUGAACAUAUGCUUAAAUAAUGCAUAUUUUGUGCAAACUUUAGAAAUCUUCUUGUUCAUAAUUAUAGGGCCUAGGGCUACUAAACUUGGUAUGUAGUGACAUCUAAUAGUCCUCUGCCAAGUUUGUUCAAAUUAUUCCCCUGGGCUCAAAUUUGACCCUGCCCCGGGGGUCACAAAACUGAUUGAUUUUUACCAGGGGAGAUUACUGUGGCUGGGACCAACAACAACAACAACAUCUUGUAAACAUGAGAUAAAACCCUGUCAUUUAGUGCCAUUUAAGAUCAGAUGGUGACUGCUUACAAAGCAAUUGAAGUAAGAACAUGUGUUAUGCAUGUUUUUCUUAUAAACUGAAAACAGUCGGGUUUUAUUUAAAUAUGUCGAAAGUGACCAUAUAUCCGGAUAACAAUAUUUCGGAUGACAUGUUAAUUUCAUGUCUUUUUUGUAGUGUUUAAACCAGUUUAAUAAUAUCUGAUUGAUUUUAAAAACACUACUUCCGUGAACAUAAUUAUUUCAAGAAAAGUCAAUGUAUGAUACUGCAUGGUAAACUCAAACUUUGUAUCCAAGAGAAGGUGUUGAAAUUAAUGAAGUGCAAUGUUCUUAACUAUCGUAUAGGCUGCUUUUUAAUUACUAAUGAUUCAUUGUUCCAUUUGUGAAUCGUGACUCAUGAAUUGUCGAUAUGAUUGUCAAUUGCUCAACGAUCCAUAUAUAUUUCUGACCAUUUUAAGUUAUGAAUUGAUCUUAGAAGUCAAAUGUAUUACUUAAUUAAAUACAUUUAUAAAUAUAAAGAAAUAAUCUUUAGAUUAUCAUAAUAUUCUCAGGCCUGUUGGUCUUAGGGAUGUGUGGGUUGUUAAUUAUAUUUUGAGAUGAUUCUUUACAAUAAAAAGAUGGUACUAUUGUAUUUGUGAUAAAUGUGUGAAAGGCUCUAAGAAGGAACCAGAGAUUAUUAACCCUUUACCAAACACUAACAGGAUUUUACGGGUUUGUAGCUAAGCAAUUUCUCCUUUUAUCACAAUUAUUUCUACCCUACCUGAUCAUUUCCUUCAUAGUCCAUUACAAUUUAAUUGUCAUCUGCAACCUCUGUCAAAUUGGGACAGUCCAAAAUGUGUCGUUUGGUAAAGGGUUAAGGCAUUUUGAUUCCUAUGGGUCUUGUGAAUCUGUUUCAAAUCAAAUGCGUAGAUUUGAUUUUCAGCAUCUAAAAAUAUGUGAAAUAGAAAGAACAACAAUAUCUCUUAGAGAGAUAAAUGUACCUACGUUAUAAGCAAAGGACCUGUGCGACAAUUCCCGGGCUUUUUAGUCUGUUUAGUUAACACCGUAGUAACGUUUUCCAUAUAUAAAAAUGCUCACCCUUCCAACUUUAAGCGCCCAGUGGGACGAGGGAUAGAAAGAGAAAGUACAUGCUUGAGUACAUUUCAACCCAUGCGUAUUGCACGUUUUUUUCGCAUAAAAAACAGUGGAGCGAUACAGGGUCGUCAUGGCCCUCUUGUUUAUGGUAACAUUUGGGGUGUAAACAGAUUUCGAAUUCGUAAAUCGACUAUGAUUUGCAAAUGAUGUCCACGUAUAUAUGUAAAAUUAUAAAUCAAAUACGCCAUACUUGUUUAAGGAUCUUUGAUGAACAGUAGUUUUUUGUUCUAGUAACUCCAGAUCACAUCUGACUAGAAACUGUUUAUUAAAUCUCAAAAUUAAGAGUAUGUUUUGCGCUUUUACCAAAAUUAUCUGAACAAAUAUCUGUUUUAAAACUGUCACAUGACCAUGUUAUAAAUUCUGAAACUUACAUUUAUCUUUGUUUAAUAGUUUUUGUUGCAUGUAAUAUGAAUUUUAUUACGGUUGUUGAACAUUUUGGACUGUGUAAUUUAUUACUGUUGUGUUCACAUAGAUAUAAUUCAGUAUUCACCUGGUAUAUGUUAGUUUCGUGUGGAAGUUGAGUGGUGCAUGUAAUUCAUAAUGUUAAUAUGUAAAAGUCAUCAUUUCUAACAUGAAUUCAUCUUAAAUUCCAUAUAUUAUAUCAAGCUCGUGUCGUUUUUGACAACUUUACACUAACAGUAAUUACAUCGUAUGUAUUUAAGUUUGGUAGUAUGUAAAAAAAAUCACGUGCUGAAUUGUGCUUUUCAGCAAGAUUUUGACAAUGGCAUUUAUUAUAAAAAUAGGGCCGAGUUAUUAUGGGAUUAUUGUGGUAUUGCCUAUUAUAUUAGUUCUCUGUACAUUUCAUGCCUGUAUAGGCUUUGUCUACUAUCACAUUUGUUUAUAGAGGAUAUUUUCCCCUUAUGAAUAAGAAUCUCUGUGCAGUUUUCAAAUGUUUUCACAGUAUUCAAUAUCAUAACUUCUAACUGUUUUACGUUUUUCAUCAACCGGUAAAUACAUUGGAGAAAAACCUGUUCAAACUUCAGUGCUGACUUCGCAGUGCGUCGUAUUAUGCGAAUUAACUUUAAUUUGUCAAGGUCCUAUUUAUUGUUUGAAACAAGAACUAUUAUGACUGUCAGAAAGCUAAAAUCUACUUUCAAACAGAUUAGACAAGAUUAAAAAAAGAAAAAGAAAAUGUAUCUAAAUCAGUUCAAAAAUAAUUAUAGAAUCAUCACCGAUUAUACGUUUAAUCGAUUCAGGCGAAUUACCCAAAUAGUUAACAAGACCUCAAUUAUUUCCUGAACUAGUGCGCAUAUUAUUUUAAUGUUCAAAGUCUCCCGCCAAUACAUUUUUUUAACUGUGUGUAUUUUUUAGUUUAUGAUCUGUUCAUUUGAAUAGGGAAAUGAGAUAAUGUGAAUGUAAUAAUGUUUAUAAACAAUGUUUUGGUCGGUGGUGGUUUAUGCGGUUAUGCGGUUAGUUUAAGGUUUUAUUUUAUCUGGAUUGCGGUUUGGUUUCGCGACCACAAGUCAUAUACUAGUACUUAAUCUACCCAUGGCUCGUUACACAGUCCAUCAAUAUGUAUCGACAGUCGACUUGCCACACAAUUUGAGAAUAAUUGCCUUUUAACUAAGACUGUAUAAAUAUGCGUACAUUUUCUUGUUGCUUUUACUAAUCAAGUCAAUUUUAUUUGGAUAGUGAUAUUAAACAACGCAAAAAAUAAACAAAGAAAUUCAACGUAACGGUAUUGUUAGGGCAUUUUGGUUGUAAGAAAGGUACCAAUGGGAUGUCGAUUAUUUCAGAUUCGGAUAAAGGCGAAUGCAUGGUACAUGAUUUGAAAAUCACAUAAACGUGCUUUCUGUUAACUUAUUUAUUUUUUUUAAAGAUAGACUUCUACAAAAAUGGUAAGCACAACCAGCAUCUGUAUUUGCGUGUAUUUGUUGUAAUGUUUUUAAAAAUAAAUAUAUAGUUGACCUACAUUUGACAUUUGGUGCUUGCCCAAUGCUCGCCCUUUUAAACCAGAUGAGCUAAUCGGGCUCAUUUACACACAUGCUGGUGGGACUUUUUUGGCAUUGAUGGGAUAGUAAUUUCCUAAGAAAAGUAAACAUUAAGCCAUAAAUUACACUAUGUAAACUAACACUGAAAACCCCAUGAAAGGCAGGUGAGGUCAAUAACUGGUGAAAUUUAAAGGGCAACGUUCGAGCAAUACUCUGUUAAUAUAAAUAAACACAAUUUUUGCAAAUGUCUUUCAAAAACAACCCACCAUUUCAGUAUUUUAAAGUCAGACAAGUUGGCUUUUAAACAUUACUGAUUGCAGUACGUUAUAUAUUGUGAAAGUAUACAGCCAUCAGAUUUGACUUUGGUGGUUUAACAUACGUUGAUUAUUAUUUAUUUAUAUUUUAUAAAUACUAAAAGUCUAAAUACUAUUGAAUGACCGUUUUGAGAGCUUAAACUACAUUUAACGUGCCCAUAAUUAUUCUUUCCUAGUUUUGUGUCACGUGUGUAUGUUUUUUGUCAGUGAAUGCUUUCAUAUAAGCCAGCGAUUUAUAUCAGAUGAAAAUAUUUCUCAUUUUGGUAACAAACAAAUUAAUUCAUCAAAUAGUUUGUAUUCAAAUGAGAAUUUAAAUUCUGUUGAACACGAGUGACUCAAUACAUUUACAGCCUGUCUUAAAUUUCAAUGGUAAGAUUUCAAAGCUUUUUCAUAGCCGGUCUAUCGGUCAUUGUUUUUCAUAGCCGGUCUAUAGGUCAUUGUUUUUCAUAGCCGGUCAAUCGGUCAUUGUUUUGCAACAGUAAUGAUAAGCACGUUUUUCAGAAAAUUCCAAAAUACGAAAACCAACUGAAAAGUGAAAUCUUAAUUUGUCAGAAAAUGCGUUAGCAAUUCAAUCGGCGAUUAUGAUAGUGCAAUGUAUCAACGUUACAAGUUGUGCUUCAAAUGUACAUAGUCAUUAUUUAUACAUGUAUAUAUUAAUUUCCAAGUUUUGUUAAGAAAUCAGGCCUUUGUGACAACUGCUUAUACUUUAAUAAAAGCUGGUUUUAUUGUUGAUCUGAUUUUUGCUAAUAUGAACUUGUUUUUUGUUACUCCAUUAAUCGGAAAAAGCUUUAAAAUCUUUAUAUUGUUUACGUUAAAUGGCAGACCUAUUGAACAUAACAACAAUGUGUGUGGUCCUUUUCAAGACAUAACAAGAAAUCACAAACGUAAUAAUAUGCCUGGAAUAACAGUCGUGAUUAUAGAUACCUAUGUUAUUCUAGACCGAAAGAAAAUGAAAGUUGGGGGAUUUUGUUCAUGAUGUAUUUAAAUUAGUUCGAUUGAACUACAUACAAACUUAAUGUCAAUUUGAUGUUUACAGAUGACUUCAUGUUUCAUUUUUUCUCUAAUGCCUUUAUGAACUUAAUUCAUAAUUUAAAUUCACUGCAAGCUUCAACUUAUUCCUAUGGCUCGGAAUUAUCAGAUACAAAUACAUCAUACAAACCACACCGCCAACGGAACAAUACGAAUGACGAAAUAACAAUUUAAAGAUGCUUCAAUAACUGCUUUUGUACAUGGUCAUUAAAUUUAAUGUCAGAUUAGAAUAAUGUUUUAUGUUCAGCAAUACAAAAUUUACUUGAUGCUCCUAUAUCCCAUACCAAGCCUACAGUUAUCGGUAUGGUUCUUACAAAUAUAUUUGCUGUUUUUGCGAAAUGCUUUACACUUCAAUACUAAAUGUUCACUGCCAUGUUCUUUGAUGAUCACGCUGUCACGUAUGGAAGAAUGGUAGAGUUUCGCUUAAGAAUGUUUGAAUGGUGUUUUCACCUGCUUGUUUGGUUGAUUUCCCAUCGUGUAUAGUAGAAUUUACAUGUUUUGUUUCAUGUUUCUGAUGUUUAACUAUGAAUAUUAUUAUGUUAUCAUGAUUAUAGUGUUGCGGAAACUGCGCACUUGAAAAUGGCGGUUGGUGUUUCAUAUGCUUUCACGUGUCAUGAACGGGAACUGUUGUUAUUUUGUUGGGAUCAUUAACAGAUGUUCAUUGCUAUUUAUAAAAUGCAAGAUUGGUCUUUUAAUAUCCACUAUUAAGUAACUUUAUAUGUCUUAAAAAUUUAAUCCCAAUAUGAGAAUUGUUUGAAGUUCAGCUAGAUAUUUCAAUUACUUACAUAAAAAACGCAGCAAAUGUACAAUUCAUUUUCAACAUACUAAAGACAUACUUGUAACUUAGCGUUUUAUUUAUCACAAGAAUACUACAAUUCUUGAAAUAAUCUGGAACGUGAAUUAAGUAUAACCACAGUGGCAGUAAAAUUAUUUUUAUCCGUGUUCGAAACUCGUAUGUGCCCUGUCAAGCGUAUUUUUUUCAUUCUUUCUAGCAUUUGCCAGACUCGUCAAAAAAAAUUCUUACAUCGUCUUUAAGUGUCCCUGCCUACGCCAUUUUUAUGUUCACAGUUUCUGGAUAUUGCAUAUUUUUCAUCGUUUUGUUCCAUGAAAACGUUGUUUUGUUAUGUGUGUGCUAAGUAUUCUAUACAAAUCCUUACAACAACAAAGACUUAAGGAGACAAAUAAAAAAUGAGUAAGAAAUG